AUGACGUUUUCAGAUCAUUGCCAAGCACGGCUCUUCGAGGAGGAGAAGAAUAGAAAGCAAUGGUGCUGCGGGGAAGGAGCGUUCAACGUUCUCGACCUUCCUCCUUUGCAAGAACGCUUUUAUUCUGACCGUCUCUUCCUGGAAAGAGCCCGUGCGUACAACGACCUGUUUGCUUUCUGCGCGCUCGAAGUGUCAGGCGGGUAUCGUCAUCCCAGUGGUCUUUCUUUUUUCAAGAUCGAGGGAAGAAUGUACCACCAGGUCUACAAUCUGGACGCCCCAGGACAAAAGUUCACCACUCGUUCUGGGAACGUUCAGUUUGUGAAUCGGUCCCGCCUGUAUAUUGACGAUGGCGAAGAGCGCCGUAACAUUGCGAUGGGUAGAUCGCUUGAUGCCGAGAUCAUCGACGGUAUUGCUGAUUUCCUGUCUAGGGAAAAUCCUUACAUUGAGCAUUACCGUCGAUUGAGCAACGAGCCUUCCGUAACAGCUCACUUGGAUUUUGAAGUAACAAGCAGGUCUACCCAUGGCCCUGUUCUCGGUGAUCGGCAAACAGGCGUCGAAGUGCACGCCGUGCUCAGCAAUGAUGAAAACGACACUGAGCCCCGGAGACUGACAAUAUGGAAAUCCGGUUCCGAUAGACCUACAUUUAUUGAUCUUUUACACCCCCUAAUGGAACCUUUCCAAUAUCCCCUACUCUACCCGCAAGGCACUGUGGGAUGGCACGUUGGUCGCCUUGAUAACAAGGGUGCCAAACUGACUCAAUUUAAGUACUCGCGGUGCCUCCUACUUUCUGAACCUCGCUUCUCUCACCUAGGCCGUCUCUCACAAGCUUGGCAGGUUGAGAUGUUCGCGAGGUACGAGGAGCAGAAACUGCGUUAUAUUAAGUUUACGCAGCUGAAGAACACCGAUAGUGCCUUGCGGGUGGGGCCGGUUGACGAGAUUCGGAAUGCACAGCAGGUCUUGAACGACAUCGCUCGUGAUGAAACCGUCCAAGGCGAGGGUGGGGUGCAGGCAGGAAAAGUCUACCUCCCAAGUUCGUUCACCGGGGGGCCCAGGUACAUGAAAGAAAAAUACGAAGACGCUAUGGCAAUCGUAUCGCGCCUGGGUUCCCCCACUUUCUUUUUGACGUUUACGUACAACGCGACUUGGGGGGAAAACAAGAAAGCUUGCCCUCGUGGAGGUACUCGCAGUGACCCUCCACAAAUGGCGAAGAGCGCCGUAACAUUGCGAUGGGCACUGCUUGCAGAGUUUUUAGCGGAUAUUCCCUCGGAAGAAGAGGCCGGAGGCCGACUGAGGAAGUUGGUCCUCAAACACAUGAUCCACGGUCCAUGUGGUAAUGAUCAUAGGACUGACUUUCUCUGUUGGGACUCUGCAAAGGGUUACUGCACCAAAUACUUCCCCAAGCCCUGCUGUGAAACCACCCACGUCGACGAGAGGGGAUUCGUCCAGUACAAGCGAGAUUAUACCAAUCGGGGGACAAUUGUAUCACGCAAUAAGAACAUUAUCGUACAUGACGGUUGGGUUGUGCCUUAUAAUCCCGCACUGAUGUUGAAAUACGAGGCCCACAUCAAUUUGGAGCUGGCGUCUACUCGCCGCGUGAUUAAGUACCUCUUCAAAUAUCUUAUGAAGGGAGGAUCUCUCCAGAACGUCACAGUUACUCCCUUCAGUAAGCAAGAUGAUGAGGUACAGCAUUACGUGACGAAGAGAAUGGUGGGUGCCAGUGACGCGUGCUGGCGUUUAUUAAACUUUCCAGUAUCAGAAUCUGAGCCGGCUGUUGAAUGUCUUCCCGUCCAUCUGGAGGGCAAGCAGUCCGUCCUGUUUAGACCUGGCCAACUGGCAGAGGCAGCCGCUAGGAACAGCUCAAAACUCACCAUCUACUUUGACCGGCCUCGUAUUUCACUGUUUGACGACCUGACUUAUCAGGGGUUCUAG